AUGUUGAACCUCAAUAUACCGCUUCCUUACCUAGUAUCUGCGGCCUACUUGACAGCCGGUGGGCUUGUUUUGUGGUGCUGCUGGGACAAAGUCCCCUCGAUCACAAAUUUGCAGAGUGGGCGGUACUUGAUCGCCUUCACCACCACCGCCGUACUACUGGGGUUUUUCGUCACCAAUCGUGGAACGUUCCCUGGCAGGUCGAAUAUCGCCACUGGCAUGGAGCCACGGAGUCCCGAUGACUGGUCCUGUCCCACCGAUGAUCAAAACCGAUACUCUACCAGAGACCGCACGAGGUUCGACUCGGACUUUCCCAAGGUUCUUGGCUACCCUUCAGGCGGUGGCGUCCUGAUGCUACCUCUUGACAUAGCUGUAGCAGAGUAUCUCAGCAUCCCACGGCUGGAAACCGCACGUCGCGCUUCUGAUCAAACUGAAGAAGAUGCUUUCUGCCGUCGCCUUCGCUUACUAGGCGCGAAAUGGUGGGAAAGUGAGGAUACUUACAUCCGCAAACUGAUCGGAUUCGACGAAAUGACGGAGAUGGAGGGAAAGGAUGGGAUCACAGUUGGCUGGCCGGGAAAGGAAGGGGAGGGCGGAGUGUGGAUUCUUCGGAAAUUACCAGGCACUGAGAUGAUGAGGAUGUGUUUGAAUAUGAGGGAGAGGUGUGAGUUACUGGAAAGAUUGGGCGCGACGUUCUAUGAAGAUGCCCGAGAAGUAGAGGAGUUUCGAGAAGUCCUUUCAGAACAGAGCGCCCAGAGGGUGGAAUGA